AUGAAUCACGUAACGGUCGUAGAUAAGCGAGAUCUGGAGAAGGCCGAGGAGCAGCUCACGGUUGUGGGACGAGCCGUAGCUGAAGAUCCAUUGCCUGAACCCUCUGCGGAGCCGGAGCUUGAGUACGUUCCUGAUGGGGGGAGGGAGGCAUGGACCGUAGUAUUGGGAUCUUCGCUCGCCUUGUUCGCGUCCGCAGGGAUGAUCAAUACAUAUGGGACCUUCCAAAACUACUAUGAGACGACGCUGUUACCGUCAUCCUCGUCUUCAAUCAUAUCCCUCAUCGGGUCGCUUCAGAUAUUCUUCCUGUACUUUCUUGGAACGAUUACAGGGAGAAUUUUCGAUGCCUAUGGAACCUCGGUACUCAUACCAGCAGGCACUCUCAUUUCGGUGUUUUCGUUGAUGAUGGUGUCCCUGGCACAAAAAGAUCAGGCUUAUCAGGUCAUCCUUUCUCAAGGUGUCCUGUUUGGUAUCGGUCUGGCAAUGUUGUUCAACCCUGCCAUCGCGGUUCUCGGACACUGGUUCCGACGCAGACGUGCACUGGCUAUUGGCCUCACAACAGGAGGCAGCGCGAGCGGCGGUGUCAUCUUCCCAGUAAUCCUCGAAAAAUUGAUCCCGGCUGUUGGCUUCGGGUGGGCUGUCCGGAUUAUUGCGUUCAUCAUCUUGGGAUGCCUCACCGUCUCUUGCCUUACAAUCCGUACACGGCUGCCGUUGUCGGGCCGUAUAUCCUUGCGGACCGCUGUCGACCUUGGAGGAUGGAAGGAUCCGCGAUAUGCAUUGGCGACGAUCGCCGGUUUCCUUCUAUUCUACUCGUUCUUCAUCCCGUACUUCUACAUCCAAAUUUACGGCAACUUUCGAGGUGUCCGACCUGGCAUCGCGAACUAUUUGCUAGCCAUCAUGAAUGCCAUGACUGUUCCCUCUCGGGUUCUUCCGGGAUUCAUAGCGGACCGCUAUGGAACUCUCCACGUCUUUGUCCCUGCAGCAUCGAUCUGCACGAUUCUGGUGUUGGGUUUGUGGCUUCCGUCACGCAAUGCUGCGUCUAUCAUUGCAUUCUCGGCGUUAUACGGACUCUUCUCUGGUGCGUUCGUAUCGCUGCUGCCAACAUACAUCGCCUCUAUAACUCCACGCGAAGUAUACGGGGCACGGUUGGGCUCCGUGUACAUGGUGGUCGCUGUGGCCACCCUAGUAGGCACGCCGACCGGCGGCGCGCUACUGAAGGUGACUGAUGAAAGCCACUUCACCAAUCUUAUCAUCUUCUCGGGGGUGCUCAUUGGUGCCGGGACGAUUACGCUUACUAUGGCGGGGCUUGUCGGUUCUCCACGAUUGCGGUGGAUAUCUGAGCGAAGUCCGUUCGGAAAGAAGUCCUAA